AGGCUAGAUACUGUUACACGCGGCACAAGAUGGACAUGGAGGGGGACAGUGUCUCUGUGACAAAGCGUUGUGUGGCUUUGGGAGACUGCCUCUCUACUGGAUGCUCUGAAGAAGACAAUGAAGGAACCAGGGUUUGCACAGCAUGCUGUGAGGGGAAUAUCUGUAACCUUCCUCUCCCCUGGAACGUGACGGAGGCUGUGUUCGCCACCACCUCACCCCUCAGCGGCACCACAGGGCUCUCACAGUGCUACACACUAACAUCCAGCCUGCUCUACUUCACCCUGCUCAUCUCCACCUAUGUCUGACCAGUGGAGAGAAACACACACACAUAUAUAUAUAAAUAGCAUUUUAUUUAACAGUUGAAGGUCUGAUACGACUAGAUGGACUCAAUAUACACCCGAUGGAGAUAGGACUCACUGCAGGUUUUGGACAAUUUAUUUCCCUUUUAAUUCAAUAGGAAACCAUUUUUGAUUAUCUUUCAUCGUUAUGCAGGGCCUCAAUAAAACAAGCACUUAGAGCUCGACACUGCUUCUGAAAUAGGCAAUAUGGCUGUCAAUCUUGAAGGAUCAAACAUACUAAAUAUCACAGUAUGACAUUGCAUCAUUCUCCCCCUACAAGUCUUCUGCACAGGGACAGAAGGAGGGGAAACAGUGCCGUGUUUGGACUCGUCAGUAGGCUAUAGGUCAUUGUAAAAGCUGCAAUAUUUUCCAGUGAUGAGGAAGAAUAACAGACAAGACAGCAGCUUCUGUGAGGAUUAGUCUGCUUGAACCUUUUGUGUGUUUUUAUGUUUUCACAUUUGUGAGUCAGUUCCCCAUGUGUUUGACACAUUAUGUACAUAUACAUAGUAUUUAUUUUUUUAAGGAACAUGGCUGUUAGACAGUGAUUAUGUAUGUGUGAAAUGUUAGCAUUUAGGUAAAGUGGAACAGAUAACAUUGGCACUGCUCAUGUUUUUAUGUGUAGUAUGUGGAGAGUCUUUUUAACAACGGAAUGAGAGCCUGGUGCCCAUCAAACAAACGUAGAACGCUUUGCAUGAGGUGGUGUUUCUGUUGUGGAAAAACUAUUUCCUCAAACCUUAAAAAGGAUUCGAGUUAAUUACAGGUCUAUUUUGGCUUAACAUUUUCCGUUGAUGAAAAUAAACCUGACUUUCCACACAUAUAAUGUAAGCCACCCCCAUAGCUAAGCUAAAAAAUACAUCUGACAUUCCGUACAGUACAGUAAGCUACCCCCAUAGCUAAGCACAGCACUUGGGCUAGGCUUCAGGAGCUGUACUGUAAUUCUAGCACUGAACCACAGUUUUAGUGAGAGGCAACAAUACAUGACACCAUUAUCUACUGAUACUACAUUACAUAUGCUCUUAACCAGAGCUCCUUACAGUAGUGAGUGCAUACAUUUUCAUACUUGUCUCCCGUGGGAAUCGAACCCACAACCUUGGCGUUGCAAGCACCAUGCUGAACCAACUGAGCCACACAGGAUGCUCUUUAGUAGGCUUUUACUCGCCCCUGUUUUAAUGUUUUCCGUUCUCGUGACACAUACCUCUGGUGUUUAUACGGUGUUUCGUGACAUGUUUGUCAUCCAUCACUCUUUGUUGGCCGGCGUGGCUGCCUGGCUGGCCGAGAAAAAUGCAGAGUAAGCAAAUACAGUGUUAUUGUUCUCCAGGCUUUUAUGAUUUGUUUAGGCUGACCGCCCGAGACAUAGAGGAGACCGGUCAUUUCAAAUGGUAUUUGAACCAAGGUGUGCAAGCCUCCGUCUCUGCUGUCUGUUCAGUAGCACUACAGGCAAAUGCUAAGAGGAAAAGAGUGAAUUUACAGAUGGCAAACGUUUUCAUCUACUGUAGUCUGCUCUGUUCACAUUUGAUAAAUUACAUUCAGUUUUUUUUUAUGGCGGGCCUUGUGUUGUCCACUAUCACAGCAAGAUUUUAUCCUGUAUUCUGAGCUCAGCCAGAAAUGAGGAUUGCACCCGAUUUGCAUUUGUCUGAGGAGGGUUCUGGACCAUCUGAAAUAAACAGAAAAAGGGGGCAGCUUUAAAUAAAGGUUCAAAUCCAGGUCAUGUGACGAUUGCUCAAAACACAGGGUCCUAUUUAUGGGGUAAACAAAGGAAUUCUUUGGGAUUUUGGCAACGAGGCCUUUUAUCUAUUUUCCUAGAGUCAGAUGAACUCAUGGACCCCAUUAAUGUCUCUGUGUCAAGUACGAAGGACCUUAGAGGUAGUUUCGCGGUUAGCAUGCUAGCAGAUACCCAUAGACUUCCAGUCAUUGUGUUAAUGCUACUUCACAUUGGCUCGCGAAAUAACCCCUAACCUUCAUACUGGACAGAGUCAUAAAAAUGGUAUUCAUGAGUUCAUCUGACUCUGGGUAAGUAGAUAAAGAGCGUCAUUGCCAAAAUCCCGAAGUAUCCCUUUAAGGGCUAGAACAUGUUGUUCCCCUUAAACUCUAGUAUUGCCUGAUUGAUUUAAUCUUUAAAAUAUUUCACAAGGUCUUUUGCAUUGUGACCUGAGAGCCAACAUAUCUUGCCAGAUGUUGCCUUAAUCUGACUCUAGAGAAGCACCGUACAAGUGCGUUUGCAUGAGUUUAUCAACAUUGAUAAUGUGGCUGUUGCAUGUUAUGUUGUGCCAAUUGAUAUUAUGUAAAUAUCAUCUCUGUUUUUUUACAUGCAAUGUUUUUGUAAAUAACUGUAUAUAUAGAUGUGAACGACUUUGUAACGUCAUAUUAAAGAUGAAGACAUGA